AUGAAAAUUGAAGUCACCCUACCUAAGGAGCAGGCGGGUUUCAGACAAAAUAGAAGUAGUUGUGAACAAGUAUUAUCAAUGGUGACACACGUCGAAAAUGGGUUUCAGGAAAGAAAAAAAUCGGGAGCAAUAUUCUUAAAUUUGACCUGUGCAUACGACACGGUCUGGAAGCGUGGGUUACUCCUGAAGUUAGCAAAUAUUUUGAAUUGCAAAAUGACUCUCCGACUCAUUGGAUCCAUGUUACCAGACAGGAAAUUCAGAGUACACCUAAACGGAAAUGUUAGUAAAUAUAAAUACCUCCAGAAUGAUCUCACUCAGGGCUCUGUCCUUUCUCCAAUCUUUUUCAAUGCUUAUACAGCCGAUUUAACAAGCACUAUAUUAAGGAAAUUUAUUUACGCAGACGACGUGGGGUUGGUAGCCCAAGUGGGAACAUUCGAAUGGGUGGAAAAUAUAUUGAACGAGGACCUUGCUGAAGUACACACUUUCUUUAAAUCCUAGCAUCUUACUCUUAACCCGGGUAAGUCAGCCUCCAUUGUUUUCUACCUUAGCAAUAGAGAAGCGAACAGGAAAUUAAACCUGGUAGUGGAUGGCAAUCCUAUACCAACCGAAAACGCACCAAAGUACCUAGGCUUGAUUUAAGGCUUAGGCUAGUACUUAAGCUUGACAGAUCAUUAAUAUUUAAACAGCAUCUAGAAGGAGUUAAAGGCAAGUUGAAAACACGAAAUAAUAUCAUCAGCAAACUAGCUGGAACAAGUUGGGGAUGCAGGGCAACAAUUUUACGAAUUUCAUCCUUGGCAUUAGUUUACAGCGUUGCAGAAUACUGCGCCCCAGUAUGGGCUAGGAGUACGCACAAUAAAACUGUCGACACACAACUAAAUCGUACAAUGAGAAUUAUAUCAGGAUGUAUCAAAUCAACUAAGUUAGAAUAGCUACCAGUGCUCUCACACAUAGCCCUCCAGAAGUGCGUAGACACUCAGUAGAGCUGAAGAUGAUUGAGAAAAUACAAAUCUCUCUAAGUCUUCCAAUAUAUGAUGACUUGUAUAACGCACCAAACAAAAGACUGAAAUCUAGAAAUCCUAUAUGGACGUUAAAAAGGAGUAAAAUCACAGAAGGGGAUUUAUGGAAGUUACAUUGGAAGGACGGAGUAGUACUAAAUAACCACCUUAUAAGUGAUCCAACAGAACUAGUUCCAGGUUUUGUUUUUCCCCAUACAGCAUGGACUGCCUUAAACCACGUAAGAACUGGUCAGAGAAGAUGCAAUUAUUUGAUGCACAAAUGGGGUAUGGUGGACUCUCCACUCUGUAACUGUGGCCAAAUCCAAACUAUUAGGCACAUUGUUGAGGAAUGCCCGGAAACAAAGUUCAGUGGAGGAGCAUCAGGUCUUCACAAUGGAGAAAAGGAAGCGCUAGAUUGGCUAUGUAACCUUGCCACACGCUUAUAGCAUUUAAUAGUUAUUACUUAUAGCUUGCUUAUUUAUUUAUUAGUUAGACUAUUUAUUUUAUUUAUUUAGGUUAUUUAUUUAUAUUUAUAUUAAUCCGUUAUCACUUUUAUUUUAUUUUAUAUUCCGUUAUUACUUUUUUGUUGUACAUCAAUACCAUUCUAUAUGCAAUAAAAAAACAAGGCAUGCAUGGUAGUCGAAUUUUAAUGCUGAGAGUCGAGGUUAUAGGAAAAUAUAAGAUCUGAAAUGAUUUUAGUGGCAUUUUUGUGAACUAACAAAACGUAUAUAAUUUUAACGCACGAGCUCCGCCGAAAUUUUAAUACUGCCGAUUUAUUUUAAAUUGGUUUAUAAUAGUUCUUGUUUACAAAAGAUAACACAUUAGGCUCUAUUUUUAUACGACCGUGAAAACUUCGUAUCUAAAGUCGAUCGCAGAUAUCUAAACCUAUCUAAAUUUGGAUUUAGACAUUUUAAUGAAUGUAAUUCAAUAUGUAAUUUGUCAGUUAUAAUAUUAUUUUUAUUUUAAAUGAUGGACGCUUGAAGUUAUAUAUACACAUUUUUUCUUCGUUGAAAUAUUCCAAUUUAUUUACUAAAUACUACUUCCUUAUUUUAACAGUAUAAGGUAUUAUAUUAUAGGUCUAUUUUAUAAUCUCAAUUGAAUUUUAUAUUUUAGCAAAACUACGUAAGUAUAAAUUAUUAUAUCACAUAACAAGGGAAGCAAUUUUCAAUAUUUACAUUUUAAUUUUAGCGCGUAAAUUAUUGUAUCCACAUCAAUGGUGUAAUAAAUGUAAGUAUAGAAUUAGUCAAACAGAGAAAACGCUCUUUUUCUUAUAUUUUUUAAUCGACAACAGUGAAGGAUAUGUUUUCACAAUACUUCCUUACUGCUGCCAUCGUUUAUUAAGAAUAGGCAAAAUAGUAAUCAUUCAAUACGCUUAAAAAUAAUACACACAUAAUACAAAUAAUACACGGAAAAGUAUCCUCUACUGCACCCCUUAACAUAAGAAGCUUAGUUUAACUUAACUUGACAAACUUAAACUAAAAUAUUGGCUAUGUGCCAAGUCUUUCUAAAUGUCUAUAAGUAAAAAAUUACAAGAAUAUUUGAAGCAUAGGGCUCUACGUUUAUUUUUAACCAAAUUUGUAUUAACUAUUGUUUUUAUAUGUGUACUGGAAUGUGACAGUUGGUAAAUUUUGUAUAGGUAAGAAUGUAAAUUAUAUUGUAAUUAAGACAUUAAUUAUUGAGUAUUCCAAUCACUAUUCCUUAUAUUAUGAUUUAUACACAAAACGUGAACUUAAAACUUAAUUUUCUCGAAAUCAAUAAAAUAUUGCACUUAUACCCUUAGUUCUAGGUGCUUCAUUUACCAUCCGUCAUCAUAAAAUGAAUAUUAUAAUAAUCGGUCAACGAUCAUUUAAAUAAGCAUUUUUGCGAUCAUAGAUGAAUGGGAAAUCGUAGUGAUAAAUUUGGAAGUUGUGUUUUUAAGGGUAAGAUCUCACAAAGAAAAUUAUCGGUGCUGAAACUUAGUAGCGUCAAAACUGACCAUAUAAGAGAAUUUAUAAAUGGAGGCUACUGGUACCAUCACCACUAUCUCACUUACAAACUUUUAACACUAAAAAUGGGGCCUCAAAAAAAAAAAAAAAAUUAUAGGUGAUUAAAUAUGAGGAGAAGCAUUGUUGCGGAGAAGACAAACACCUGCUGUUAAUGUUCUUCUUCGUUUUUUGUGUAUUUCGAUUGAAAUUUGUAUAGGAUUAGGCAGUAUCGCACUAUAUUUAUAGUCUCUCUAUGUGGUGAAAAUAAAAUUGAAUAAAUUCUCUUUUUUACUUUAAAACAUAAACGUCAUUUUUUUGCCAACUGCUGUUUUAAAUUUUAAACGUUUUGUUUUUGUGAUAGUGGUAGUGAUAAUGGUAGCGUUCAUUUUAAAUACUACUGCUUGAUCAUAAUUGACCUUAGAGUUGUAGUAUUGAUUGAAUGUUCUUUGUGUGAUCUUUCAAAGCAAAACAAAUUUUCCACUACAAUUUUUCUCUAUCAUUUAAAUGCGAAUUUUGCUUUGCUUCCCGAAUCAUCCUCCAUGUCCGAUUUUUUUUAUUAUUUUGUAGUUGAGUAUUUGGCAUACAAUUUAGAAUAAAUAAUUUUACUAUUGAAUUAUUUUGGCUUACUAUUGGUAUCUUAAAUAACAGACUAUAUAAUGUAUUAUUUGUAUAUUAUUUGCAGAAAAAUUACGAAUGAAAGGAUUUAUAAUUGAACGAUGUGAGUUUUUUAAAUUAAAACAAAUUUUUAAAUUUAGUUAGAUACUUAUAUAAUUUAGAGACAAUAUAAAAAUCUAAUAAGAAUAAAAUUAAUUUUAUAAAAAUUAUGGUCGUCGUAAUAAUACAGCCCAAUUGAUCUUAUAAGUAUAAUUUAAAACGCAAUGAAGAGUUUUGUAACAGUCAAAGAAAAAACAUUUUUUUUUUUUGUUUAGCUAAAUAUAUUAAAUAAACUGUAAUAACGAAAUCACAUAUGUUUGAACGUGAUAUUUGAGAGUAAUGAGAGAACGUUAAAAAAUUUUUUGUAUUCUACUUAGGCACAAUUUUCAAAAGGCUAAAUUAAUAAUUUUUCCCAGAUAUGCUAUGCUUAGGUAUAGUUACUUCUAAUUAUUUGAAAUAUACCCAAAAUUUACCUAACCCAACGAAUACCAUUAAGUAUGUUGUAAAUUAGUAUUGUUAGUUUUUGAGGAUUUAUAUUGUACUAGCUGUCCCACUUGGCCUUGCCCAUGCUAAUUUUUAAUUUUUUUUAUCUAUUUAUUUUUUUUUAUUUUUGAUUUUGACUGUGUCAGUAAUGAAUAUAAACAAAUAAGUGAAAAGUGGGUAGUCUACCUUCGGCGGACUAAAAAUAUUCUUUAAUGACAUAUAUUUUUAAAUUUUAAAUUACUACUUGCCUUAAGCAUUAAAUAUUUCUGGAAGUGUCUCACCUUUUGGGGUCAUCACAAAUACAUUUUUUUUGCAUAUUACACGUGACAGAGCCAUGUACAAUUGACCAUAGGAAAAACAUUGGACUGUUAGGCUAAACCUGGAAAAUUUAAUAUUUCUGGGUAAACAUAAAGUCUAUAUUCUCGAUCAGCAAAAGUUUUAUUGCUACGUACCUACUAAGUUUACUCUUUUAGCAUUUAUAGUAGAUACGUUUCGACCAACUAGUCAAAUUUGUGUUCAUUUCAUCCGUGUUACUAAGGUAAUCCAAAUAAAUAAUAAUAAUACCUAAAAACCGAAUUUUGGGGAUGGGCGUCAAUAGUUAUAAACUUUCCUUAGUUAAUUGUCUGUCUACAGUGUAAACUAUAUCAAAAUUUCGCCAAAAUUCAUCAGUCAUUUCAGAGUUUAUCCUGAGCAAAAAAAAAUCGACUUUAUUUUAUACUAUGUAUAUUGAUAAUUAUAUUCACGUAACAAACGUUUUUGUCUACAUAAUUAUUUAUUUAAAAAUACGCUGAUGGAAUUUUUUUUUUAUAAUAUUAUUAAAUUAAAGACAUUUUGUGAUUUUUUAAAGACAAUAAAGAAAGAUUAAUCGAUAAUACACGAAAAAAUUGGGAAUACGCCAGAACUAUAGGUAAGUGAUUAAAAUUGUAUACUUGAUAAUCUAUUAGGGUAUAAAUAGUUUUAUUAUAUUCACUGUUUUAAAAAAUAAUAUUGAUACACUAACUUUACACCUCAAACUAAAUUUUUUGAAGUUAUAUUCAAAUAUCUAAAAUUGUUAGAAAAGCUUUUUUUAAAUUUAAAUUUAAUUUUUUUUAAAUAAAUAACAAUAUAAUUAUUUUAAUUGAUUGCAAUUAUGGUUUUUCAACCUAACCUCAAAACUUAAAAAUGUAUGCUCAUCACGCUAUUCCAUAGAGUAAUAUAGAGAGGAAUUAGUCUAUACCAGAGGUUCACAAUGAUGAUGGUGAUCUAUAUAGACCCAAGCGUCUAUUCUGACCUGCAAGUUAGGUGUUAUCAACAUGAUCCAUGCGAUUGAUAAAACAAAAUAUUGUGGUUGCAUGAGAUUUAAAUAGGGGUGUAUGAGAGUUAUUAUGUUAAAAUCACGUGUGUCAUUAUUUUUACAAAAAAUACGUGUUAAAAAUGUUUGGGAAUCACUCGUCUAUACCAUACGUGUUCAAAAGUGAAGUUGGCCAGCUUUGAAAGUCCAAUUGUUGGCCGAUAGCGUGCAAUUUCUACACCAGAUUUAUAUUUUAUACAAAAUGCAUUAAAUAAUAUAAUAAAUCAUAAGAUAGGCAGUACUUAGAGUAUAUUGUGGUCACACUAAACGUAGACCUAUUCCAUUUCAAAUCAUUUUCGUGGGGCAAUCUACAUAUUUCUCUAAGGACUAUUCGAUUAGUGAAUAUCAAGUUGGAAGGUAGAGGUUGAAAUAGUAAUCCAAAUAAUGUUAAGAUAAAUUAUUUAACAAUUAUAAUAAUAUACUGAAUAAUAUUAAGUAUAAAUGUAUCUUAUGCUUUCUGUAUAAAUGUAUAAAUAUAUACAGCCAAACGGGUAACUAGUGCACAGGUUUUACUAUUUGCUAAUGAUCUUAACAUUUUUUUCAAAAAUUAGAUUCUUCAGACAGCAUUUUUUACCUUCAAAACGAGCUGGACAACUUUUAUGCUUUCAUCCUUCAUUUAGGAUUAAAACGUAUUAUUUUAUUAAAAUUUUCUAGACACAAGUAUUCCAGGAAACAAUGAAACUAAACAAAUAAUUGAUAAUGGUAUGUAUAAUAUAUACUCGUACACAUAAGUAUUAUGUAUCACGUUGAACGCCGAUGACGUCGCGUAGUAGUCAUUCGAUGUUGGGCGUACCCAGCUGAUGACCCGUAAUCGUCAUAGGACAAUUAUUUUUAUUUAUUAUCUAAAACGGUCGGCUGGUGGUGAUCGAUCUUUAUAUUUAGCAUGGCCAUUCAUUAUAAGAAUUAGAAUAAAAACAGUUGGUUUUGAUUUCUUGGAAUUUUUAUGUUUUUAAUUUGUUAUCAAUAUGAAUAUGGUAUAGCUAAUAAACAUUUAUUAUUUUACUUAUUUUUUUUGAUUUUUAUUUGUUUUUAACGUGUUUUAUGUAAUUUAUUAUAAUUAUUAAUUAGUAUAUUAUAAUAUAAAUCUUCAAGAUGGCUCGUCAACGAGUUUAAACACUUAAAAAAGUAUAAAAACAAAUAUUUUAUUUGAUAGCGAGUUACUCGAUAUUUUAGAAAAUGGUACGUUUACGUCUGACGAUGAUUUCAGUUUUGAUUCGAAUGAAGAUGUUGAUAGAUCUUUUGAUGAUGAUGAAUUGGGGACGGGUAAUUUACCAGAUGAAAAUGAAAUAAACAAUGUAGAUAAUUAUUUAUGCAGUGUUGAUAAUUUGUUGAGUUAUUAUGAAAAACCAUACGACUGA